GGGUCGGAGGCAGCUGGGGCUAGGGGCUGGCCAGGGAGGCUAAGCUAGGGAAGCCUAGAGCUGGAGGACAGACGUUCCGGGAGUCCCUGAGAGAUUACCCGCAUUGCCAUCGCCCCUCUGCCUUUUCGGCUCCUUCUACCAAGCUACCGGGGUGACUGGGAGCUAGAUCGCCCUUGGGGCGCCCCUCCAGCUGUGUACGCAUAUCGAACCAGUUGUGAGCUGAGCCGAGGCGGCUGGAAGAUGCUCAAAGGCUGCGGCCGCCGCCUGCUCCUAUCCUUGGUAGGAGCCCUGUUCGCCUGCCUCUUGGUGUUGACGGUGGAUCAGAGGCAGCAGCUGCGACAGCGGUUGCCGCCGCCGCCGCCGCCGCCGCCACCCGAGGAAGAGCUCCCCGGGGGCGAGAUAGGACGUAGAGCUCUGCAAAGCUUGGCGGGUCGCGGCGAGUCCCAGGGGCAGGGACCACCGCCCCCGCCGCAGCCCCAAGAGGAGCCCGCAGCAUCGCUGGCCCGGGCAUCUGGCCCCUCUGGUGAUAUCCGGAGCUUCUCAGAGUAUUUCGGCCAACUGAGCCGAGCGAGGAGGGACGCGGGGCCUCUGCCAGGGGCAGCCCCGGCUCGAGAGAGCGUCCCCAGGCCACAGAUGGAGCAGCUCUUCCCCAGGGACGUCUUCAUCGCAGUCAAAACCACCAAGAAGUUCCACAAACUCCGACUAGACCUGCUGCUGGACACCUGGAUCUCCAGGAAUAAGGAAAUGACUUUCAUCUUCACAGAUGGGGAAGAUGAAGUGGUGAAGCGACACACAGGUAAGUCUCCCAGCAAUGUCAUUAAUACCAACUGUUCUGCGGCCCAUAGCCGCCAGGCUUUAUCCUGCAAGAUGGCAGUGGAAUAUGACAAGUUCAUUGAGUCAGGAAGGAAGUGGUUCUGCCAUGUGGAUGAUGACAAUUAUGUUAAUGUUCCAACACUUGUCAAACUGCUGUCCAGCUACCCUCACACUCAAGAUGUCUACAUUGGCAAGCCCAGUUUGGACCGGCCCAUCCAGGCCACAGAGAGGAUCAGCGAGAACAAGAUGCGUCCCGUUCAUUUCUGGUUCGCCACUGGUGGGGCUGGUUUCUGCAUCAGCCGUGGACUAGCCUUGAAGAUGAGUCCCUGGGCAAGUGGGGGCCACUUCAUGAACACAGCAGAGAAGAUCCGACUGCCCGACGAUUGUACCAUUGGCUACAUCAUUGAAUCUGUGUUGGGCGUGAGGCUCAUUCGAAGCAACUUGUUCCAUUCUCACCUGGAGAAUCUUCAGCAAGUGCCCAAGUCAGAGCUCCAUAAACAGGUAACUCUGAGCUAUGGAAUGUUUGAAAACAAGAGGAAUUCUAUUCAUAUGAAAGGUGCAUUUUCCGUGGAGGCUGAUCCAUCCAGGUUCCGCUCUAUCCACUGCUUGCUGUACCCAGACACUCCGUGGUGUCCUCGUAAUGUGGUCUACUAGGAGAUGUUGCGUCUGUCCUUUAACCCUCGUCCCUGAGUGCCCCUGGUAUCCAAAGGGCUCACGGGACCUGCGUCGUGUUCUUGUCUUUGCUGUGUCCGUCACGCACAGUGUGUGGGUGUGUGUGUUUGUGUAAUAGGCUGCUGUGUGGCCCAUGGUUACUGAGCUGGGUUGGGAAGGGAGGCGGCGAGACAAGGGAUGCCUCCCUGGACCCUGCCUCUACCCGUCAUCCUCUCGUCCUGGAUGAGGAGGAGACCCUAAAGCCUGGAGGAAAACAAAGAAGAGUUAGACAGGGGAGGUAUUGCCAUCGAUGAGCCUGGCAGUGCUGGAAGGUGUCCCAGGAUGGUCCAGGAGCUGUGUUGUCUGUCUCCUGAAUCAGCUGCUUUCUCUCCAGUGGGACCCACAUUUCUUUUUACUGGUGCUGCUGUCUCAAGUUGCUCCUGGUUGACUUUUCUGGCCCUUGACCAUUUAUGUGAGCAUCUGAAUCAUCUCUUCUUCUCCUCCUUUUUGUGUUAUAUUCCAGGCUCCAGCUCCUACUCCAGAUGAAGGUUUUUAUUUG